GGGUUGUCCCACUUGUUUCGAUGACUUGACGACGUUUUUCGGGUUGCCUCCGUCGCAAGCAUUAAUCGAUUCACGCCGACACCGCCACCCACUCGUUCGUCUUUCUCUGGAACGAACGGCAACCAUGUUUUUGCACGUGCCGCCCUACACGAACGCCCCCACGGCGCUCAUCUACACCUCCCGCGAUGGAGCCACCGCCCCAACGUACUGCGCGGCCGCCCCAUGCAGCCGCUUCGCGAAAGACAACGGCCUCUGCCUCUUCCACACCGCCGUGGUAGCCUGCAAAUAUUCAUACCCUGUGUCAACUCAACCGCAGACUUCGGUCUCGGCUGGUCCGCUUCGACACCAACCUAAUCUCAUGUUGUACCUCCCGUCGAGAGCGUCGAACGAAUCGGUGUGCAGCGGCCGGUCGUCCCCAGCAUCGGACGACGUUCGCCGCGUUGUCAACCGCAAGUUAUGCCGCGUCGAUCCAUGCACGAAGCGCGCCAAGUCGGGUGGCCUGUGCAUCGCCCACGGCGGCGGAAAGCGGUGCGACGUGGACGGGUGCGUCAAGAGUGCCAAGGAGCGCGGGUUCUGCAUCUCCCACGGAGGGGGCAAGCGCUGCCUCGGUGAAGGUUGCAACAAGUCGGCACUCCUUGGCGGGUACUGCGCUCACCACGGCGGUGGCCGGCGGUGUGGCGACGACAACUGCAACAAGUACGCUCUCUCUGGGGGCUAUUGUAUCGCCCACGGCGGCGGCAAGCGGUGCAAUUUUGUCUCAUGUCCAAAGAGCGCAGUGAGUGGCGGGUUCUGCGUCGCCCACGGCGGCGGUCAUCGAUGCGCGACGGCAGGGUGUAUGAAAGGGGCAGUCACAGGCGGCCUUUGCAUCAAACACGGCGGUGGCAAGAAGUGCCGGCUCACGUCUUGCCGAAAGAACGCCCGCACUAAGGGGUACUGUUUCACCCAUUUCAAAGCGAUGGAAGCCUUGGCAGGCAACGACUUUGGCGGAGUCGUCGAGGUGUAGCAGUCCUCGCGUAUGAAUAUCGUCCCUAUUUAUGAAGCAAGUGCGGCUCUUCGCGUUGUGCAGGACCGACACCGUCGAGCGGCUUCUCGCUU